AUGUCUUGGGUUCAAAAAAACUUCACCCUGCCUGCGCGCAGUCGAGGCUCCUACCUAAUCACCGACCAUGUAUUGUCCGAGGUUCCCGAGAUCCGCGAUUUCAAGGUCGGCAUGUUGAACCUCUUCGUUCAGCACACGAGCUGUGCGCUCUCGCUAAAUGAGAACUGGGAUGAUGAUGUUCGCGCCGAUAUGAGUGAUGCUCUUGAUCGCAUUGCGCCUUCUGACCCCAAGGGUAACCUGUACCGUCAUUCUGCUGAGGGAGACGAUGAUAUGCCGGCUCAUAUCAAGUCUGCCCUCGUUGGUGCCUCGGUCAAUAUCCCAAUCACGAACGGUCGUCUGGCGACCGGAACAUGGCAGGGAAUCUGGUACCUGGAAUUCCGCACAAGCCGCCACUCGCGCAAGGUUGUCGCAACCAUCCAAGGCCAGAAGGUGUAA